ACCUAGAUCUCAUGUAAAACGCAUUCCUUACCACUUCAACUCCGCAAUUAUGGCUCGGCUUUCGACGGUGAACAAUCCAGCUCCAGAUCCAACUGCAAUAAAUCUUACUCGCAUGAUCGCACGAUUACAAAAGAUCCUCAUUUCCCCUGAUCAAGACACAGAGUCCAAACUCCGGAGUUCGAGCCUGGAGAGGGAGAAGGUUGGGACUAAUCUCGAGCACGCCCGAUCACUCCUCUUAAAAUUAGAACAGGAUGCCCAGAACAUUAAAGUCCAGACGCGGAAACAAGAGACACAGAUGGAGCUUUCUAAGAAGCGGGAGAUGAUCCAAAGAUUGAGUGAACGGUUAGAGGAACUCCAUGAACUGGGCGCAAACGAAGACCAAGACGAUGACUCCUCAGAAGGAGAAGACCUCCUGGGCGAAGACACACCCUCCGAAGAAACCGACUCCCACUCACACGCCUCACAUAUCGAUCCCCAAUCCAAUACCCCCUCCCCACUACAAGCCACAUCUCCCGCUUUAGCUCCCACGGAACCCUCACUUCUCCAACCGGAAAUACCACCAACCCCCGACUUUCCCCCCUCACAAACAUCACUCGAAUCACAACCCGCCCUCCGCUCCCGAGCACCACGGUCCGAACGAGCAGAGCUUCUCUCCACAACCACCGGCUCCUCCAUAUCCCACACCUCCGAAGCCCUUCUCACACAUAAUCGCACCGAACAAGAGUCCCUAACCGCUUCUCUCCUCUCCAUGGCCUCACAGCUCAAAACCAGUUCACAAUCCUUCUCCGCCUCCCUCGAAUCCGAGAAGACGAUUCUCGAUUCCGCCACCACGGGACUAGAUAAAAACGAGCGCGGUAUGGAAGCGGCACAGAAGAGAGUUGGAGCUUUGAGGAGAUUGACGGAGGGAAGGGGAUGGUGGGGUAGGAUGUUGAUGUAUGCGUACAUCGCGGGGUUGAUGGUUCUUGCUAUCUUGAUUGUGUUUGUGCUGCCAAAGUUAAGGUUUUCUCCGGCCCUGUGGUGAUUUAGCGCUGCGAAACUUUGGAUGAGAUAUGGUAUGGACUGGCUGGGACAUUGUGGAGUUUUGGUUCAUGAAUAAUCCUGGGAGCGGGUUUGGGGCGAAGAAUGAAUUACUGAGAUGAGCCAACAGCGCACAGUACAAUCACUUAUUGAUACCAAUGAAAGUAAUGUUUUGGAUUCAGAAUUGCUGAAGUAGUAUUUGUGCCAGCCAAUCGACCCUCAAAAGACACAUAUUGUAGCUAUUGUGCG